AUGACGGUCUUUGUCGCGACCCUCUUCUUACCAUACACGGUCAAUUUUGACGUCCCUUCAAAGUCAAGGCCCGCGUCACCAGAAGCCACCAGAUCUCAAACCACUGAUGUACCUGCAAUCACUCCCGGCCUUGUGCCCGCAGUGAGUCUCUUUACCCCAAGUGCAGGCCUCGUCGACACUCCUGGUCCUAUUGUUCAGACCCCUGGCGCCACCACUGACCACGAGCGCAUCUUCCGUCCUCAUGUCGAGCGGCCAAUCAGUCUAAGACUACCCAGUCAUAUCAAGCUAGCAGACGCAGAGUCCCCCGCUAUCAGAGAUCCGCGCACGAUUUCUCGUGCCGAUCUACAUUCACCAACAUGGGGUAAAACUGUGACUUGGAAUCAACCUCCUUCACGCGCGAAGGAACCUCCUCCAAGCGACAUCCUGAAACACGCUGAUCCUCGUAUCACAAGAGAAAAGGCCACUGCUUUGCUGCAAAGUGCGCAAAUCAAGAUCAGCGGCCGCCGCCAAAGAGCAAGAACAGUGAGCCAUGAGCGACGUUUCUCUGAAUACAGCUACACAGUGGAAAAGGCUCAGAUCGGCAACGGUGGAUUAUUCAAUGCGAUCGACGCAGUCACCGAUGCUGGAAUUCUCGAGGACAAAACUUGGGUGGGUACCUUGGGUUGUCCAACCGAAGCAUUGGAGGAUCAUCUGAGAGCCAACAUUGCCGAGAAACUUGAGAAUGAUUACGAUUCAUUGGCAGUCUUUGCUAGUGAUAGCGAUCUCAACGGACAUUACGAGCACUACUGCAAGACCAUUCUUUGGCCUGUUUUCCACUAUCAAGUUCCAGACCAUCCAAAGAGCAAGGCAUAUGAGGAUCAUUCUUGGGUCUACUAUGUCAAAGUCAACGAAGCCUUUGCCGAUCGUAUUGCCAAGAAUUACAAGAAAGGUGACAUAAUUUGGGUUCAUGAUUAUCACCUUCUCCUGGUCCCUGGUCUUCUGCGAAAGAAGAUUCCUGAGGCUCAAAUUGGCUUCUUCCUUCAUACCGCCUUCCCAUCUUCAGAAAUCUUCCGCUGCUUGGCUGUUCGCAACAAUCUUCUCGAAGGUGUUCUUGGUGCAAGUAUGAUUGGAUUUCAGAAUGAAGAAUACGGGCAUCAUUUUCUUCAAACUUGCAGCCGGCUGUUGAAUGUCGAGGCAACCAAACAUGGUGUCAUCCUUGAGGACGGACGUUUUGUUCACGUACAGACCUGUCCCAUUGGCAUUGAUCCAAAAUCACUUGAUGCACAACGAAAAUUACCAGAAGUCAGUGAAUGGGUUCGCACAAUUGCUGAAAAGUAUGCCGGGAAGCGAAUGAUUGUUGGUCGUGACAAGCUUGACAAUAUUCGUGGAGUACGCCAAAAGAUGUUGUCGUAUGAGUUGUUUCUUAACAAGUACCCCCAGUACGAGGAUCAGGUUGUCUUGAUUCAAAUCGCUACCUCAUCCACAGAAGACCCUGAGUUGAGUGCCACAGUUGCCGACAUUGUGACCCGUAUCAAUUCUUCUCAUUCAACACUAGCUCAUCAACCUGUUGUGUUUUUGAAGCAAGACAUCGAUUUUGCACAGUAUCUUGCUCUCCUCACCAUUGCCGAUUGCCUUAUGAUUUCCAGCUUGAGGGAAGGCAUGAACCUUACCAGCCAUGAAUUCAUCUUCUGUCAAGAUGGCAAGAUUUCAAACACCAAAUGUGCGCCACUUAUUCUUAGUGAGUUUACUGGCUCCGCAACUGUGUUUGGAAAAGACGCUUUACUUGUCAAUCCUUGGCAUUAUACACAAUGCGCCGAUUCCAUCAAGAAAGCACUGGACAUGCCGGAUGAAGAACGACAACGUCGCUGGAAGGCCAUGUCCGAUAUUGUCGGUCAAUACAAUGCUACACGCUGGUAUGAAUCAUUCAUGAAAGCACUCGAUCAUGCCUGGAAAGAACACUCAAUUCGUGAUUCAACCUCCGUUCCACGUUUGUCGGUUUCUGGCACGACCUCGAAAUACCGCAAAGCUAACAAACGUCUCAUCAUUAUCGAUUACGAAGGCACCCUUGCUUCUUGGGGAGCUCCAACAGACAUCAUCUUGACCACUCCCAAACGUUCAAUUGACGUGCUGAAUGAUUUGGUGGAGGACAAGAAGAAUAUCGUCUAUGUCAUGAGUUCUCGAAUGCCCGAGGAAAUGGAACGACUGUUCAGUCAGGUUUCUGGCAUUGGUAUGAUCGCGGAGAACGGUGCAUUUGUGCAAGAACCAUGUACUGAUGACUGGACCGAGUUGACCGACCUGGAAAACAUCAAAACUUGGAAAUCCGGUGUCCGAAGCAUCCUUCAAUACUAUGUCGACAGAAUUGAGGGGAGCCGCAUCGAGGAACGACACUCGGCUCUCGUGUUUGAUUACACUGAUGCAGAAGACGUGUCCACCGCAUUCAAACAAGCAGGAGAAUGUGCAAACCACAUCAACGACGCAUGCCGUAAUCAACAUGUCAGCGCAGUUCCAAUUGAAGAUGGCUUGAUCAUUUCAGAGAUGGAUGUCAACAAAGGCUUGGCUGCACAGAUGAUCAGCGACAAGUUGGAGGAGGGAAUCGUGGGGACUGAAGAAGCUCUACCUGACUUCCUGCUCGUAAUCGGUGACUCUCGGGAGGAUGAAUAUGUCUUCAACUGGGCGCAUAAGUUGGAGAAGGCAAAUAAGAUCAAGGAUGUGGUGACCGUCACGCUCGGAGCUAGGAGUACAGAAGCGUCCGCGACCUUGACACAAGGUGUUACCGGUGUUUUGUCCAUUCUGGAGAAACUAGUGAAACGUGAGGAUCCUGGACAAAUGAAUGGGUCCGCAAAGUGA